UGCUAGAGCACAAGUUCUGUUCUCGGAUUGGCUCGUUUCUCGUGAUUGGCAGCGUGUUUCCCCGCCCCCUCGGUCUUCUGUGUGAGGUCGAGGCUCAGCUAGUGGAGUGGAAACAGGAAGAGGAGUAGUGGGGGAGAAAAGAGACGGUGGAGAGGAUCGGGUGAGACAAGGUGGUGAGGAGUGAAAGGGAGGAAAAGGGGAGCAGAGAGGGGGUGUGUGGAACCAAAAGAAGGAAGCCAAACAAGAGACAGCGGAGAGCGAGCAUGUCUAUUUAAAGGGAGCGGAGACUGCACGGGCCUGUCGUUGCUAUUUUGGAUUGACUGACAGCGAGAGAUCAUCCCCUCCUUUCCACUCAUUUUUCACUGCAAGGCUGUUCCUGAUCUGGCCGUAGCAACGCUGCACAGCCAGCGUGGCUCCUCUGAGCUGGAGGCUGAUGAGGGAUGAAUGGAUGGCCAUCACUUUGGAAGAUCUACUCAUUCACAACCAGUCAGCCUCAGAGGCUGAAACAAAACGUUAGCACCGCCUCCAGACUCUCUUCUCCUCCGCUCCUUCUUUGUUGUGAAAGUGUGACGUGGAGGGCCCCCCGAAUACAGACCAAGACUGGCUGCAUGUAUCACCCGGCAGAGCUGUACUCUGGCCGUAAAACAUGGGACUCCUAUCCAGCUGGGGGACCUAACAGAGGACGAUGGGCUCCAGUGAACAGCCGACCUUGGAGCCAAACACAAAGAUCCCACAGAGGACACAAUCCACCCGAUCAUCCCAUCUCACCAUCAAGUCAUCCUUUCAGCAGGGGGGGGCGAACACUCCACUAUGGCCAAGACAAGGGUGCCUCUAAGGGGCACAGGCAGCAUGUUUGGGAUGGUAAGGAACAGCCAUUUGAAGCCCAGAACUGGCAUCACAACUCAAUGCGCUCCUUCCACAACCGUGCCGGCGCCAACAAUGGUUAUCUAACAAGGCCGGGACAGCGCUACCCAAACUGGGACAGCAAUGUCAGCAACUCUUUGCAUGGGAGUCCACGUCUGCAUCGCAACAACAGAGAACUCCAGCCCCCCCCGGAAAGAUGGGCUCCCUCAGACGUCCGUAGGAGUUUCCCAGGUCGGAUGGUCAAUAACAGACUUGAGCCUUGGAAGCGGCCGGCCCUUCAUCAGUGCCAGGAUGAAAUGCACCAGCACAGAGCAACGCCGCAGCACCAUUCAUCUACGAGGGAGGAGUGUCCGGCCAAGAGGAGCCGUGACUCUGGUCCUGAUCAGUCAUGUCAUUCUGGACCAAGGCAUUUAGUUGCCCGCCCGCCGUCACCCCCUCGCCACCAUCGUAACCAAGAUGACUGGAAACCCCCUCAUGACAGGACAGGCCCUUGCCACCUCUCUGAUCACCGGACCUCAGCACCACAGCAACAGGAGAACUCCAAGUCGAGAGUUGGAGGAUAUAGUUUUUGCAGCAGCGACCCAGCAUCCCGUAACCAGGGUUGCAGCAGCAGAGGUUCGCAUCUUGGGAACAGCGGGAAGAGUUAUCGAAAAACGUCAUCACCAGCAGAACACACCCGUGUGCCUUACAGCCACCAAAACCCUCAUCACCACCGUCAGCGGCACACACGCCACCUCAGAGCUGAGCAGCACAAACCUCUGCCACACCACCUGGAGGAGGAGCAGGAGGAGGAGCAGAAUCAUCUCCACAAGCAAAGCACAGAACCUCAGUGUCCUCAUCCAAGAGGCGUUUCAAGAGAUGCCCCCUCCUGGUCGUCUGCAGCAGCAUCUUCUCAUCCAUCGCUCCGUCUGAAAGCUCCUGCUCACAGUCCACGUCUUAGCCCUCCAUCACACACAGCAGCCAGCGCGAGCAGACAUUGUAGCCCAAUCCUCAGUGGACCACCCAAAGUCCAGGGCAGCCCCGCCCACAAAGCAAGAGCCACAUCUUGUACAUCCUCAGCUCGUGCAAAGUCCAGGUUUUCAGAUGUCAAACACAAGAAGACCUCACAACCUCACUUCUCGCCCCCCCACGGCAGCUCCAGGGCAAACAAGCCCGACAUGGAGUCAGACGCCCGCAGUAAACGUCAGGAGAAGCUGGUGAAAAGGGAGAGAAGGGGCGAUGUCGAAAAGGCAAACCACAGGGAUGAAGGCAGAAAAAAACGAAAGAAAAAAGAGGAACGCAAAUUAGGUGACAGAAAAACGAAAAGGGAGAAGUCAAGGAGGAAAGAAAAGAAGACAGGCCUGAAAGCGAAAACAACAGAGACUGUUUCCGACUCUCAUCCCAGCUGCACUUCUUCACAGCUGCUUCCCAAAAAGACUCCUGGCGAGGACCAGCAAGUCGGUUUUCUCCCCACAAGCAAGAUGCCCUCCGCUGUCUCAUCUCAAUCUGAACCCAAAGCAAAACCUCAACGUGCACUGCCUUCUACUCUACAUGAAGCCUUAGAACCCCUCAGUGCAGCAUGUUCUGCCCCGGACCUCCAGCCUGUGGGCGUGAUGGGAAGCGUGCGGGAAGCCGGGGACAACCUUGCAAACACGCCUCCUGUGCUCAGCUGGCAGGGCUCACCGGUGUCAGACGUGGGAGAGGAUGAGGAGGAGCUUGGAAAAGGAGUGAUAAGCCGACCCGUCCUCCAGCCCAGUCCGACCCAGUGCUUUUCCCCUCCCCCCUUAGAAGACGAGAACGUUUAUGACGUCAAUAAGGAGCCUGCUGAAAGCCAACUCUCUGAUCCAUCAAGUACAAACAAACAAGAUCUUGGAGAUGAGAAGAAGGCGGAACGUCCGGAGAAUUCCAGCGUUCGACAUCGCGAUCUCCACCAUAAAGCAGGCCUGGAGGACGUUUUCAAAAGCCUGGCCACCUUUCUCGGUGGUCAGAGGGCCACAUGCCGAGGCGGCCCCUUUGGGGGGUCUCCUCCUUGCACUGCCAGCGGGGUCAAGUUGGCUUCGGCUCUCGCUCUGGGACCAGACAUUACCUGCCACCAGCAUCAGGACUCUGGCCUCAAGUCAGAUCCUCAAUCACACGGCGUGACAAAUCAGCGUGAGGCCGUCACAGACCCUGCUACGCUCACCAUGAAGGAGCCUGAGGGUGGCGUUGAAGAUAGGCAAGAGGGGAAGGAUGCAGAUGUCCUUCCAGAGAGAGGAGAUCCUCUUCUGGACCACUCACUUAGUGCAGAGCUGAGACUGACCACCACGCACACCACCUCAUUGAGCCACCUCCUUGUCGUCGCCAGCAAGGACGAGGAGCUGAAGCAUGGGGAGGCCGACCUCAGGGUCAUGGAGAAAAGAAGAAAGCAAAAGGCUAAGGACGGCAGCAAGGUCAAAAUGAAGACCAAGAAAGUUCCCUCCAGAAAUACACCCAAACAGAAACACAAAUCCUUGCAGAGAAAUGGUGUGAAACAUGAAAAAACCAACGUAAAGAUUGUCCUUAACAAUGAAGAAGAUGUCCGUGUGCUGGAAGGUGCUGUUUCAUCAGCGACUGGAAACUCGAAAACUAAGACCUCCAGCUCGCUCUCAACUCUUACAGUUACUCCAUCCAAAGUGUUCUCGAGCACACCAGCCAGGAGAUCUCCUAGUCCAGCAGCUGCUGCCAACCCCUUGAAGCUCAAGGCCUUGUCCAUGGGCUUCACCAAGGAGCUGAAGGUCCUCUUAGUGAAGAUGAAGCUUGACGCCGGGCGCACGUUUAAGAUAGCGGAAGUCGAGGAGCAGCAAAUCCCGCUUUCUCAGAUCAGCAUUCAAAACACAGCUUCUCAAGUAGUAGGAGCUUGCAAGGGAGCAAAGCUUAAGGAGAAGUUCAAGGAAUCAUACCUGCUUCCUUCCCUGUCAGUCAAACCCAACAUUGCCAGUCAGACGCUGAUUCCUCGAGAAAAGCUCAACCCCCCCACACCAAGCAUCUACUUGGAAAGCAAGCGGGACGCCUUCUCACCAGUUCUGCUUCAGUUCUGCACCGAUCCCAAAAAUGCUGUGACUGUCAUCAGAGGUCUUGCUGGUUCCCUCCGCCUCAACCUGGGCCUGUUUUCUACGAAGUCCCUGGUGGAGGCCAAUUCAGACCAUGCUGUGGAGGUGAGGACUCAGGUCCAGCAGCCCGCCGAUGAAAACUGGGAUUCCCGUGGCUCAACUCAGACGUGGCCCUGCGAGAGCAGCCGCUCGCACACCACCAUUGCCAAAUACGCUCAGUACCAAGCCUCCAGCUUCCAGGAGAGCCUGCAGGAGGAGAAAGAGAGUGAGAACGAAGAGGAAGAAGAGCAAGACAAGGGUUUGGACACCUCAAAAUCCCGUGAGACAUCGGACAGCAGCAAAGGCAGUCCGGCUUCGACUGCCAUUAAAGCCACACCGGAUCUCCUAACCAGCAAAGCCGCCACCGUCUUCACAUCCAGCUCGGAACUGAAGGCUGUUGGCAAGAUAAUCAAAUUUGGGACCAACAUCGAUCUCUCAGACCCUAAACGGUGGAAGCCUCAGCUGCAGGAGCUGCUCAAGCUGCCGGCGUUCAUGCGUGUGGAGUCCAGCAACAACAUGCUCAGCCACGUUGGGCACACGAUCCUGGGCAUGAACACCGUCCAGCUCUACAUGAAGGUGCCAGGCAGCAGGACACCAGGUCACCAGGAGAACAACAACUUCUGCUCGGUCAACAUCAACAUCGGGCCGGGGGACUGUGAGUGGUUUGCGGUGCACGAACACUACUGGGAGGCCAUCAACAAAUUCUGUGAGAAGCAUGGAGUAGAUUACCUGACCGGGUCCUGGUGGCCUGUCCUGGAAGACCUCUACAGCUCCAACAUCCCUGUGUACCGUUUCAUUCAGAGACCGGGUGAUUUAGUGUGGAUCAAUGCCGGUACCGUCCAUUGGGUCCAAGCGGUGGGCUGGUGCAACAACAUCGCCUGGAAUGUGGGGCCGCUGAAUUCAUACCAGUAUCAACUCGCCCUGGAGCGAUUUGAGUGGAACGAGCUGAAGAAGGUGAAGUCAAUUGUUCCCAUGAUCCACGUUUCUUGGAAUGUGGCUCGCACCAUCAAAAUCACCGACCACGACACCUUCCAGAUGAUUAAACACUGCCUCAUGCAGUCCAUCAAGCACAUCCAGAUUCUUCGAGAACGGCUGGUGGCUUCGGGGAAGAGGAUCUCUUACCAGAGCCGUGUCAAGGAUGAGCCUGCUUAUUACUGCAACGAGUGCGACGUGGAGGUGUUUGACGUGCUGUUCGUGACCAGCGAGAACAGCAGCAAGAAGAGCUACGUGGUUCACUGCGAGGACUGCGCUCGAGCGAAGAGCCCAUCGCUGGCAGGCGUGGUGGUGCUGGAACAAUAUCGAAUGGAGGACCUGAUGAAAACAUACGACAGCUUCACACUGGCGCCCUCAGCCUGUCCCAAAUGAGGACGUCUCCUUGAGGUCUUUCAGCCACAACCAAAACUAACGGCAGCACAAAUGUUGCCUUCAAGGCAAUCCGUUCCUGCAGUCAACGUUUACUCUGUUGUUUACAUCUCUCAAUAAGGCAUGGAUGUCCUCAGCCAAUCCGAGUACAGCUCACUGUCUUCCCCAUACCAGCUGCUGAUUGGACGUGUGCGUAUUGAAAUAAUAGAAUGACUAAACUGGUAAUUGUCACGGAGAGCAUUUUGGGAUGGAGAGAACAAACACUGAAAAGCAGGUGAUAUACUGUACGUACCUUCAACGGACACUGCUGUGAUUCACAAGCGUCAAGUAGCCAAUUUCUCUAUCAAUUCAGGUACUUUUAUGCAAAUUGACUUUUGUACACCAAUCUAGUUAUUCUAUGUGUCCAUGAAUUUGCUGUGAUUCUAUUGUACCAGCAGGGGGAACCGUAGCUGAUUGUCACAUUUGCUUCAUAUCGAUACUGUAUUGAUCGCUGAUUUGCAGCCGGACACGUGUUACUCAUGCCUGUAACUCUCGGAGGUGCUAUUCAAUCGUAUUUAUUCUCGUCACAUCAUCGAAAACGUUGUACCAGCCUAGACGUACACCACGUUGGCCUUGUGAACUGAUGGACUUACGAGUGUAAACCUACGCAAAUGUGUUUCUUUAACAAGGUUAGCCGUUUCUAAAAUACGGGUUUAUUAGGGACUGACACCGAAUCAAAUGCGGUGGGCGUGGGCUCUCUGUGACACGCCCACUCAAGCGUGGCGUUGAUUUUUCUACUUCAUGUCUUUGGAACGGGAGCGGAAUCCCAGUUUUAUACCUCUCUUGCGUUGCUGGUUUUUAGACGACAUGAAAAGAAGAACCUGUACAUCGUCAAUGACCAACGGUCCAAUGAGAAAGUGGCGUGCAUAGAUGGGAGUGCAAAGGGGGGGGCGUCACCUUUUUAUUGCAUGUUGUAUAUGGUACGCUCCGAGACCGUAGCCGCCCAUGUGAGGACAGCCGUACCUCGGCACCUUGGAGGGAAUCCUGUACAUCCAAUCAAUCCGUCCCGGAAUGACAUGAAACUAAAUACAUUUUAUAGAGAAUAAUUCUACUUUCAUGUGCAAAAAAAACAAUACUAAAUUAUUCUAAAAGACCAGCCAAGGGUGUACCCCGCCUCUUGGCCAAAGUAGGCUGGGAUAGGCUCCAGCACAAGGAUGGAUGGAUGGAUUGGUGUACGCAUGGAUGGAUGCAUGGGUGUACGCAUGAAUGGACUGAUGGAUGGAUGGAUGGAUGAUGGAAGGGUGGAUGGAUGAAUGGACGGGUGGAUGGAUGAAUGGAUGGACAGAUGAACAGAUGAAUGGAUGGACGGAUGGACGGACGGACAGAUGGGUGGAUGGAUGGGUGUACGCAUGGAUGGAUGGAUGGAUGGAUGAUGGAAGGAUGGAUGGACGGGUGGACGGAUGAAUGGAUGGACAAAUGGACAGCUGGAUGGGUGGAUGGACAGCUGGAUGGACGGACGGAUGGAUGGAUGCAUGGACAGACAGAAGGAUGGGUGGGUGGAUGGAUCGAUGGAUGGAUGGACGGAUGGAUGGAUGGAUGGACGGACGGACAGAUGGGUGGAUGGAUGGGUGUACGCAUGGAUGGAUGGAUGGAUGGAUGAUGGAAGGAUGGAUGGACGGGUCGACGGAUGAAUGGAUGGACAAAUGGACAGCUGGAUGGGUGGAUGGACAGCUGGAUGGACGGACGGAUGGAUGGAUGCAUGGACAGACAGAAGGAUGGGUGGGUGGAUGGAUCGAUGGAUGGAUGGGUGGGUGGACGGAUGGAUGGAUGGAUGAAUGAAUGAAUGGAAGGAUGGAUGGAUGGAUGAAUGAAUGGAAGGAUGGAUGGAUGAAUAGAUGAAUGGAUUCAUGCCGGAUUUGGAAGUUUGCGACUUUGUUGGGAAAAUAAGCUUUCGAGGAGCGUUGCAGCCCUCGUCCGAGACGGUCCUGGGUCCCGGGACCCUGUUGUGCAACAUGAGACUGCCCCCCCCCCCCCCCCCC